AUGAUAGAUGAGCACCCACGGCGACCGGAUCAGGCCCGCCAGCAUCUCUCACGGUUCUUGUACCUCCCGCCGCGUUGCAAGUAUCGAAAACAGCCAUUCUUAAGCGCGACAAGCGCGGCAUCAUUGGCCGCGAAAACGGUAUACAGCGCUAUUUCAAGAAUGUUAACAAGGGAAGAACCUUAUUUCCGUUCCCAAUGGAAGCGCGCUAUCUGCCUUAGCACUGCAUCUGACGCGUCAAGCGAUGAGACUUUCUCAGGGGUUAAUAGCUUCGAAAUCAGCAGGAUAUCAUUAAAUGCAACCGUCAUGCCGCCCCCCAGUAAGCGGAUAUCGCAUGUUCAGGGCAUCGCCGAUAAGCAGGAGCCCCGGCACUUUCUGAACCGAUGGAGGAAGGAGUUCGGCAUGCUCCGAAACCUGCCCCGGGACACGGCCUCGCGGAAACUCUGCUGGCAGCCAGGUGGUAGUUCAGGGAGCACGACGUUCAGCAUAUGGCCCUUUAUGCCACAGGUGGCAGGGCUGGCGCUCGGUAGCGCGGUAGGUUCGUCCCCAAGCACGUCAAUGACUCUCGCCUCCACCACCGUCACGUUCGGCGUAUCUGCCGCCGCUCUGCGCAGAUUCCGAACAAAGCGGCCAUUAUGGAAAGAGCGAUCCUCGGGACGCACGCCAGGCGUACCGGGGCUUUCAGGGUAG